AUGAAAGAAAAAGAUAAUUUAUUUGAUAAAAUAAUAGGAAGAUCAUUAGAAGAGAAAAUAGCAAUAAAAGAACAUCUUGAAGAUGUAAAAAGAAAUGGAUAUAAUUAUAAAAGAAAUGGUAGAUGGGCAUUUACAUUAGUAUUUGGAUUUAAUGAAUUUGUAUCAAGUAUGUUUUCAAUUCUUUGUUUUAUAAUCAAUAUUAUUUUAUUUAAAAAGUAUAAAAAAAGAAUAUUAAUAAAACAAAAAGACAUAAAGCAGUUAAUACAAUUUAAUUAUUAUAUUUCCAAUCUAGCUUAUCUGUCAGCAUUCCUCUUUCAUUGUCAAGAGACAGUGUUCACAAGAAAUGCAGACUACUGUACCGCAGUAUUAUCAAUUCUAUCAUUUGUGUUAUUAAAAGUUAUUAAGUUAUUAAUAAUACUUAAGUAUAAAAGAGUUAAAUGGAUUUAUUUAGUAACUAUUAUUAUACUUUAG